GGAGUGGGUACACGUGUAAGUAACUCACUCUCCCUACAAUGGCGGCCAUGAAAGCUCAAACCUGGGAUCGCCACUCCCACAUAAACGGCCCGCCCUUUUCUACUACUAUGCUUUUGUUUUUCUCUUACUUUUACUUCUCUUCCAUCUAGUCACAUUUUUUUUUCACGAUUCUAGACUUAUGUUUUGCUAGAACUCGGCGAAUUAUGAUAAAUAUCCAUGUCGAUACGUUUAAUUCUUUCUGUAAUCCGAAGAGGGAAUCACUACAUUCUUAAUGUAGUUGAAAAAAUAUAGGUUUUUUCUUUUCUUUUUUUGUUUGUUUUUAACGAUUGUUGAGUUCAAAUCAAGGAAACAAUAGUACAGCUGUCCACGUGCUGUGCUUAAAAGGCAAAGAAGAAAGAGAUAAAAUGUUGAGCGCGAAACAGAUUACAGUAUUGAUGUAUUGGAUUGGUGGGUGGUAGAGAAAAAAUUGUAUGGCUCCAGGUACCGAUACCUCCCCUGGUCGCGGUGGUGAAUUUGAAAACGGGGUUUCUAAAGAAAAUAAAAAUGUAACCGUUAUAGAAGAGGAAAAUCAUGACGAAUCUGACAACUCAAACCAGACGAAACCAGGGCGGCCACCUCGAAAUCUUCCGGUCAUGCGCCACUGCAAUAGCCAAGCAAUGUUGGCAGGUACAUCAAAAUUGUCUCCAUCAGGUGAGAAUUCUGGAUUUUUACCUGCCUUCCGCUCGGGCAGCUGUUCUGAGAAGGGACCAAAGCAAUAUAUGGAGGAUGAAUAUGUUUGUGUCGAUAAUCUUUGUGAGCAUCUUGGUGCAGCUGAUAGUUUCCCUUCUCCUGGAGCAUUUUAUGGGGUGUUUGACGGUCAUGGUGGGGUUGAUGCUGCAUCUUUCACCAGAAAGAACAUCCUUAAAUUCAUCACUGAGGAUGCCCAUUUCCCAAGUGGGGUAAAAAGAGCAGUUAGGAAUGCUUUUAUUAAAGUUGAUCAUGCGCUAGCUGAUGCUAAGUCUCUAGAUCGUUCAUCUGGUACUACUGCCCUGACUGCUCUUAUUUUAGAACGGACUAUGAUAAUUGCUAAUGCUGGGGAUUCUCGGGCUGUGUUGGGAAAAAGAGGAAGAGCAAUUGAAUUGUCAAAAGACCACAAACCUGAUUGUACCUCCGAAAGAUUGAGGAUAGAGAAGCUCGGGGGUGUCAUUUAUGAUGGCUAUUUAAAUGGCCAACUCUCGGUUGCUCGUGCUCUUGGUGACUGGCAUAUGAAGGGCUCUAAAGGUUCAAAGUGCGCAUUAAGCUCUGAACCGGAGCUGGAAGAGGUGGUUAUAACCGAGGAAGAUGAGUUCAUAAUAAUUGGUUGUGAUGGUUUAUGGGAUGUGAUGAGCAGCCAAUGUGCAGUAACUAUUGUAAGGAAAGAGCUGAUGCUGCACAAUGAUCCCGAGAAGUGCUCCCAAGAGCUUGUGAGGGAGGCACUCAAACGCAACACCAGCGACAAUCUGACAGUUAUCGUGGCUUGUUUCUCUCUAGAUCCUCCGCCUCGGAUUGAAAUUCCUAAAUCACAUAGGAGGAGGAGCAUAUCAGCUGAAGGGCUGGAUCUUUUAAAGGGUGUCUUGAGUAAUAUCUAAAAAAUGAUACUAUUUUCUUGCAAGAUUAGAUAGCUGAGUUUUUUGCAAUGCUGUUUGGGUAUUUUUUUGAAUUUCAGGUGUCUCCACUGCAUAGAGUAUAGGAGUAGACAUAUGUUGCCCUUAGUGUUCUUCAUCUUUGGAAACAUCAUGGCAGUUGGUUAAUUAUAAUUUCCAGUAUUAGGGAUUAGAUGGAUUUUAUUAGUCA